AAUUUGCUACAGUAUAUAUUACACGCAAUAGAAUCAAUUUCAUCAAUUUAACUCGUCAAGAUGGAGAAAGCUAUUUUCUUCACGGCGUGUACCCUUUUUAUGUUUUCGCUGGUUCAGCCAUCUGCAGGAAAAGCUUAUUCAAGCGCUGAAAGGCGAGAACUUCUUCGAGAAAUAGAGCGGGAGUUGGAAAGAUCUGAAUUUUUUGAGAGAGAGGAUAAGAAAGGUGACAAAAAAGAAGACAAUAGUGACGAGAGCACAAAUGUAUUAGAUGAAAAGAAUGUCGAUCCCGAUGAUCCAGAUAUGCGGCUUGUUCUUAGCAUGGGAGUUGUUGUGGACGGUGUUGUUAAACACCCAAAGGGACUACACGCUGAUGACUCCAAAAAGAUCAAAGCAAAGAACUUAGACAGAACUAUUGAAACUGAGGAAGAAAAAGAGAAAGAGGGAAAACAGGGAGAACAGAAACGCAGGAAAAGAAACUUUGGACCUAAUUGGCCAAACUGGCCAAAUGGGAUAGUACCGUAUGUGUUUGAUUCAAGUAUACUUGCCAACAGAAAGUAUUUUCUCCAAGCGGCUGAGCUUUUUCAUAACUUGACCUGUAUUCGCUGGAAGCCGAGAUCGUCGGAAGUUGAAGCUGAAGUGGGACACAAAGGAUACACACUCGUCAGAAGUGGGACAAGCUGCAGUGCCGGUGUUGGUUUCUAUGGGGACGGUGAACAUAUAAUCAACUUGAAAGAGCCUGGGUGUGGAACGGUUGGUGUAGCAGCUCAUGAAAUGUUACAUCGGCUAGGACAACGGCAUGAACAAAGUCGUAGUGAUCGGGAUCGGUAUGUACAAAUUAGAUGGGACAGAAUCGAUCCCGACUCCCAAUACAACUAUUAUCGACGAUUAACGUACAACAGAAACCCGUAUGACAUCGGGAGUGUAAUGCAAUAUGGAUAUGGAGAAGGACGAGGCAUUGAAUUAAGAGAUAAGAAUUUGCUAUUUUUGGAAUUCCCCGGCAAUGAAGUGCUGUCUUUUUAUGACAUCAAAGAUGUAUUAGAUCAAUAUGAUUGCACAACUCACUGUACGUCUCCCCCGGAUUGUCAAAACGAAGGGUAUGUCAAUGUGGAAUGCACGUGUACCUGUCCCGCGGGAUUUACUGGAACCAAUUGUGAUACAAUCAUCACAGAUCCUGAUUGUGGCGGAUUUAUACAUCUUAAGGAAAACGAUCCUUCCCUUGAACGAGAUAGUGAUGUCACUGUCAUUUCGCCAAAUUACCCGGGUCCAGUUGGCCAGGACAAAAUAUGUAGAUGGGCAAUAACGGCGCCUGCUGGUUACAUCAUCAAAAUGACGAUAGAUGACCUCCACAUGGCCUAUAACCCGGAUACACUCCGUUGUUACCACUGGCUGGAGAUUCAAUACAACCUGCCUGGCCAACCAGGAGUGAGGCGUUGUGGUGACAUUGUUGGUGAAACAUUCCUAACAUCAGUGGACUCCCCCACAUUGAUGAUUGUUACCAUGGAUACGAAAUUCGCUGGACGCAGAGUCUCGCACAAAGGAUUUAAACUUCACUUUGAAAAGGAAAGAGAAGUUUGCAGAGACAACCCUUGCGUGUACGGUGUGUGUGUUCCAACUGAAGCUAAGGCUUGUCAGUAUAAGUGUGUCUGUCAGUCCGGUUACACAGGAGAGAAGUGUGAUCAAGUGAUUGAGGAUGCAAAACUGAAAUGCACAUUUGAAAGAUUCGAGAAAUGUUUCUUCGACAAUGUUCAGCAAGGAGAUGACUUUGAAUGGGGACAGGGCUUUAAACACACCAUUUCAAAAGAGACGGGACCAGAAAAAGCUUUCCGGGGAGAGCGCUUCCUGUUUGCUGAAAUGUCGUUACCCAGAGUUCCUGGCGACAAAGCCAUUCUACAGACAACUGUGCCACUUCCAGCCAAAGUUGGCUGCCUUUCAUUUGCAUACAAUAUGUUUGGACGCACCGUCAAUAAGCUAUCGUUAUAUGCCGAGGGACCAGGCUCAGGCAGAGAAGUGCUGUGGUCAAAGGAAGGUAACCAAGGUUCCGAUUGGUUGACUGAGACAGUGGAUAUCACGGCGACCGAAGGCAUGAAGCUGUCCUUUGAGGCCAUAACCGGAGAAUCCUGGGACAGUGACGUUGCAUUAGAUGAGAUCACGUGGGAAGUUGGUUCCUGUAGAGAUGACAUCUUCAGUGAUUGUGUGGUAGCUGGAGAAGAAUAUACAGGGACACGUGACUACACUAGGAAGGGAGUGACAUGCCAAGCCUGGUCCUCUAAUACACCUCAUAAGAUUUCGUCAGGAUACUCCUACCUGGCAUCAGAGUCGAAUUAUUGCCGUAUAUCCGACGAACCCAGCCCUUGGUGUUACACAAUGGACAAUGGUACUCGGUGGGACUGGUGCAGUGUACCGUACUGCUUUGCAACAGAGUGCACCUAUACUCUAACUGGUGAGGAGUAUACGGGGACUGUAAGCCACACCAAAACUGGUAAACCUUGUCAGAGGUGGGACUCACAGACUCCCCACAAACACAAGUAUAAUCACUUGUCAAAAGAUGAAAACUACUGUAGGAACACAGACGGAAGUGCUGGAUCGUGGUGUUACACCAUGGACCCAGAUGUUCCUUGGGAAGUCUGUGAUGUACCUAAAUGUGAAAAGAUUGAGAGAGAAUGCACAAUGACAGGAAGAGGACUGGACUACAUUGGAAAAAAGAGUGUCUCUCAGAGCGGAAAGACCUGUCUCUCUUGGGCAAGCUCAUAUCUGGCGGCAUCGAUGGAAGAGGAUGCUAACUACUGCAGAAAUCCGGACUACUCGUCCAAACCAUGGUGUUACGUUCAAGGAGGGACCGGACCUGUAAAAGAAUACUGUGACAUCCUGUCUUGUGCUGAUUCUCAAUGUUUCCCAAAUCCUUGCAAAAACAGAGGUCAGUGCAUGGAGGAGGGGACCUCAUACUCCUGCUCUUGUUUGAAUGGAUUUUCGGGCGAGAACUGCGAGAUACAAGCAACUGGUCCUGUUGAAGAAGACUGCAAAAGAUCGGGAAUUGGUUACGAUUAUACAGGGAAGGUUAGCGUCACAGAAUCUGGGAGAACGUGUCAGGCAUGGAGUUCUCAGACCCCACAUUCACACUCCCUGACCAGUCCUCCAGAAAACUAUUGCAGGAACCCGGAUAAGGAACCUGCUCCUUGGUGCUACACUACAGAUCCGAACAAGCGCUGGGAACUCUGCAAUAUUUCAGAUUGUGAAACGCCUCCUUUGGAAUGCCUUCCGAACAAUGACCCCAAGGGUAAAAAAUACUUUGGAACUAUGAGCGUGGCAAAGACGGGGGACCCGUGUCAGCGCUGGGACUCUCAAACUCCCCACGAACACAGCUUUGAUGAACUGUCUGAUCAAGAAAACUACUGUAGGAAUUCGGACGGUGACAACGCCCCCUGGUGUUAUACGACGAAUAAAGACAACCGAUGGGAGUACUGCGCUAUUCCACAUUGUUAAUCACGAGCAAGGAACAGAAUCUCAGUUUUAGAAUAGAACUUCGAAGUUGUUCCUCUGAAUGCCGUUAGUAAUCCUAGUAAUAAAAAAUGUUUGUAAUAAAAAUGAUGCAUUCCUCUU